AUGGCGAAUGUAAUCGACGCGACUAUUCCGUAUAGACUCGUGAAGGAGGAGAACGAUUCGUCUUCUUCUUCUUCGAAAGGAGAAUCUAGCCCUGUAGACGCCGUUCUCUUCGUCGGAAUGUCUCUGGUGCUCGGAAUCGCUUCUAGGCAUUUGCUUCGUGGAACUAGGGUUCCGUACACCGUCGCUCUCCUCGUCAUCGGAAUUGCUCUUGGAUCUCUCGAAUAUGGAACCAAUCAUAGCCUUGGGAAAAUCGGCAAUGGAAUUCGAAUCUGGAAUGGUAUUGACCCUGAGCUUCUUUUGGCUGUUUUUCUUCCUGCUCUUCUUUUCGAGAGUUCGUUUGCCAUGGAAGUACACCAGAUCAAGAGAUGUUUGGGACAAAUGGUGCUACUUGCUGGGCCUGGAGUUCUCAUUUCGACAUUUUGUCUCGGAUACCUUGUUAAGGUCACAUUUCCGUAUGACUGGGACUGGAAAACUUCGUUGUUGCUUGGGGGACUUUUAAGUGCUACCGACCCUGUUGCCGUUGUUGCUUUGCUAAAGGAGCUUGGUGCUAGUAAGAAGCUAAGUACCAUAAUCGAAGGGGAAUCCCUGAUGAAUGAUGGGACGGCGAUUGUGGUUUUCCAGCUAUUCUUAAAGAUGGUCACGGGGCAUAAAUCUGACUGGAGUUCCAUAAUCACAUUUCUGGUUAGAGUAGCACUUGGAGCUGUAGGCAUCGGUCUGGCUUUUGGAAUUGCAUCAGUUCUUUGGCUCAAGUUCAUAUUUAAUGACACAGUAAUAGAGAUUACUCUUACAAUUGCAGUGAGCUAUUUUGCAUAUUACACCGCUCAAGAGUGGGCCGAGGCUUCUGGAGUUUUGACAGUGAUGACUUUGGGCAUGUUUUAUGCUGCACUUGCAAGGACAGCAUUUAAAGGUGACAGCCAAAAAAGUUUGCACCACUUCUGGGAAAUGGUCGCAUAUAUUGCAAAUACUUUGAUUUUUAUCCUCAGUGGUGUUGUCAUUGCUGAGGGCAUUCUCGACAGCGAUAAGAUUGCCUACCAAGGGAAUUCAUGGGGAUUUCUGUUUCUCCUAUACUUUUACAUCCAACUAUCACGUGUUGUUGUUGUUGGAGUUCUAUAUCCACUGUUACGUCGUUGUGGCUAUGGCUUGGAUUGGAAAGAAGCCAUUAUACUUGUAUGGUCUGGUUUGAGGGGUGCAGUGGCGCUCUCACUUUCUUUAUCUGUGAAGCAAUCAAGCGGAAAUUCAUAUAUCAGCAAGGAGACUGGAACAUUGUUUCUUUUCUUCACGGGUGGAAUUGUGUUCCUAACUCUAAUAGUUAAUGGAUCCACUACACAAUUUGUUCUACGCCUUCUUCGUAUGGACGAUUUACCAGCCACCAAGAAACGUAUAUUGGAAUAUACAAAGUAUGAAAUGCUGAACAAGGCUUUGAAAGCGUUUCAAGAUCUAGGAGACGAUGAGGAGCUAGGACCUGCAGACUGGCCUACAGUUGAGAAAUAUAUUUCAAGCUUAAAAGAUUUAGAAGGGGAACUAGUUCAUCCUCACAAUGGUUCUAAAACUGGAAAUCUUGACCCUACGAGUUUAAAGGACAUACGUAUACGGUUCUUAAAUGGUGUCCAGGCAGCUUACUGGGAGAUGCUCGAUGAGGGCAGAAUAUCCGAAAUUACUGCUAAUCUAUUGAUGCAGUCAGUGGAUGAGGCGUUGGAUCGGGUUUCUACAGAAUCUUUGUGUGAUUGGAGAGGUCUAAAACCACAUGUUAAUUUCCCGAAUUACUACAAGUUUCUUCACUCUAAAAUUAUCCCACGCAAGUUGGUCACAUACUUUGCUGUUGAAAGACUGGAAUCUGCUUGCUACAUUUCCGCUGCAUUUCUUCGCGCACAUACAAUUGCACGGCAGCAACUGUAUGAUUUUCUAGGGGAGAGUAAUAUUGGUUCCACUGUUAUCAAUGAAAGUGAAGUGGAAGGAUUGGAAGCGAAAGAAUUUUUGGAAAAAGUCCGAUCUUCAUUUCCUCAGGUUCUCCGUGUUGUGAAAACAAAACAAGUAACGCAUUCAGUGCUGAAUCAUUUACUUGAUUACAUCCAAAACCUUGAGAAAGUUGGCUUGUUAGAGGAAAAAGAAAUCGGUCAUCUUCAUGAUGCUGUUCAGAUUGGCUUGAAGAAGCUUUUGAGAAACCCGCCAAUAGUAAAACUUCCAAAAUUAAGCGACAGGAUCUCUUCACAUCCAUUAUCAGGUGCUCUUUCUUCUGCAAUAUGUGAACCUUUAAAACACUCAGAAAAAGAAACAAUGAAGCUGCGUGGUGUCACGCUUUAUAAAGAAGGUUCAAAGCCAACUGGAAUCUGGCUUAUUUGUGAUGGCAUUAUUAAGUGGAAAAGCAAAAGCUUAAGCAACAAUCACUCGCUGCAUCCAACAUUUUCUCAUGGUAGUACAUUGGGACUCUACGAAGUCCUCACUGGAAAGCCAUAUAUGUGCGACAUGAUUACAGAUUCUAUGGUUCUUUGCUUUUUCAUCGACACCGAGAAAAUACAAUCUAUUCUACGAUCUGAUGCUUCCAUCGAAGAUUUCCUCUGGAAGGAAAGUGCAUUGGUGCUUCUCAAACUCUUGCGUCCUCAAAUAUUUGAAAAAAUGGCAAUGCAAGAAUUACGAGCUCUUGUUUCUGAUGAAAGCUCAAAACUGACAACAUACGUACCUGGAGAAUCAAUCGAAAUCGAUUAUAGUAGCAUUGGUUUGUUAUUAGAAGGAUUCGUAAAACCAAUUGGUAUCCAAGAAGAGCUUAUCGCAUCUCCAGCCGCUUUAUUACUUUCAAACGGGAAUCAAAGCUUCCAUAAUUCAUCAGAAGCAUCAUCAGGUAUCAUGAGAGUGAGUUUCUCACGCCAAGCAACAUUGUACAGUGUGGAGACAAGAGCAAGAGCAAUCAUCUUCAACAUCUUCAAUAUGACUCUGCAACGAAGACCAUCUUCGCUAACACCACCACGUGGCUCAAGCUCUGAUCAGCUCCAGCGAACUUUUAGUAAAGAACACAGAGGUCUCAUGAGCUGGCCUGAGAGUAUUUAUAGAGACAAACAACAAGAAGAGAUCAAUAGAAAGACAUUAAGCUUAUCUGAACGAGCAAUGCAACUUAGCAUUUUCGGAAGCAUGGUUAAUUUGUAUAGAAGAAGUGCAAGUUUUGAAGGCAAGUACAAGAAAGUUCCAUUAAACUUAGCUCAAGGUCUCAUUUCAGCUAAAUCAGAAAGUUCUAUUGUAACCAAGAAACAGCUUGAAACCCGUAAAUUUGCGCAUGAACUUCCUCUGCAAGUAGCGGAAAGCAGCACAAGGCGGAAUACGAUGGUAGAAUCAAGCGAUGAUGACGAUGAAGGAUUCGCUGUAAGAAUUGAUUCUCCGAGUAAAAUCGUUUUCAGUGAUGAUCUAUGA